AUGCCAAUAGACACGGCAACAGACACCGCCAGGAAGGGAUUCAUUUCCGCGUUCAACGACGCAGGAGAUUUAGUUGCCAUCGACGUCGGCGCCGAGGUUGAAGGUUUUGCCCACGUGUCCGUUUUGGCUGAUGAGUUCGUCGAUAACCCUCGCGAACUUUUUGAAAUUGGCGAGGAGGUGGAGGCGGUUGUGACCAACAUCGAGUGUUCAGGCACUGAGGGCAAGCCGCUUCACAGAGUGGUUCCCCGCCCGUCAGCCGAAACGAAGUCACAGUUCAGCGUGGCUUUGGCGCGUUCCAGGGCAAGACUUCGGCCACGACCUCCCGACGAUGCGGAGGAGCAGGUUGAAGUUGGGAAGUCCUAUGAAGGUAUCGUCAGUCACGUGCGCGAUGAUGGGUUCCAUGUCGUUCUUGGCGAUGGGCGAGCUGGCUAUGGCAAUGAAGGCUUCCUCCACUUGUCCAAAAUGCCUGGUUAUCACGCAUCAGCUUACAAGGUCGCCAAAGUUUGCGACAAAGUCAAGGUGAAGGUACUUCACGUGGAUCACGGGUCUCGUGGACCUCGCAUAGAACUUUCCUGGGACAAGCCGGCGGCAACACUCCGCCCAGCAAGAAAGCCUGGCGCCCUACAGUCGCUAGGGAGGGGAGAGUGGUUGAAGGGCACUGUCUACAACAUCAAGAAGUUUGGCAUCUUUGUUGAGGUUCCAACGGAGGAUGGCCCCUGCCAAGGCAUGGUUCACAUCUCCGAAGUCCGGGAG